GAUUAUAAUUUUUUUAGUUCUAUUAAGUAUCAUAAUCUUUGUUUCUUACUUCUUUGCUAAAAGGAAAAGUUCACUUUUGAGUAUUCUGAUGCAAGAAAGGGAGCAAUUUUCGGUCAUAUGAAUGCAUUAUAUAGGUAUUAUAGGCAUAAGUUGAAGAAGAAGUACUUUGAUUCAAAGGCAACUUAUUCACUUCGUCUUCGAAACAAGCCUAAGGAUAUGGAUGUAAAAGAUUGGAAGUAUUUGGUUAAUCUUUGGACAGAAAAUGCAUUUCAGGAGAGAAGCAACAAAAAUAAGACAAAUAGAUGCAAGCGUUCUAUGCCGCCAUACACGGGGACAAAAAGCUUUGCUCGGCUGAGAGAUCAUAUGAAGAAAAAAAAUGGAAAAACACCUUCUCGCUUAGAGCUUUUUCUUGAAUCCAGAUAG